AUGGAGAUGUGUAUACCAAAGCUGUGCACCUACCCCGGAGAGCCGGCCAACGGCAGUUCAGCAGUGAACUUCACCUGCAACACCGGGUACAGGCUGGUUGGAAAUCCUCAAAUUCAAUGUGUGAUUAAAAAUGGGGUUGUUACAUGGGACAGAGAUAUUCCCAUCUGUGAGCCAAUACCAUGUUCACCCCCUCCAAAAAUAGCUAAUGGAGAGCACAGUGAGGCUGACAAAGAGCUCUUUGAAUACGGAGCAUCUGUCACUUACUGGUGCCACACUGUCAGAAGGGGAGAGAGACCUUUCUUGCUGGUGGGAGAUGCCUCAAUCUACUGUACAACCACAGAUAACAUAAACGGUGUCUGGAACAAGCCGGCCCCGGAGUGCAAAGUGGUUAACUGUGAGCAGCCGCGCGUGGAGAAUGGGAAGCUGGUGAGCGGGUACCGGCCCGAUUACACCUACAGAGACACUGUCAUGUUCGACUGCAACGUCCGCUACACCAUGAAGGGCAGCGAUACCUCCACGUGCAAAGACAACGGCCUCUGGGACCCUCCGCUGCCGCUCUGUCAGCUCAGCAGCUGUGACAACCCUCCAGAUGUGUAUAAUGCUGCUAAAACAAAACUCGCUGGCAAUUUGUUUCCUGUGGACACUGUCAUUACCUACGAGUGCAGGGAGGGCCACCAGUUCAGCCCGGGAGAAACCACACGGCACAUUAAGUGUCUGCCGGAUUUUACGUGGACCGAAACUCCACAGCCUUGUGAAAGAAUUCGUUGCCCAAAUCCAGACGUCAAGAACGGAAAGUUAUUAAAUGUAUGGGAAGAGAAAGACAAUUAUGUGUAUGGAGACAGCCUGGAAAUUACAUGUAAUGAUGGCUACGCUUUCAAAGGUCAUAGCAAUAGCGUUGUGCUUCGGUGUACAAGUGAUGGUAGAUGGGAUCCGGCAGUACCGGAGUGCACGCCAGAACCUCGUUGCCCAAAGCCAGAUGCUGCUCAUAGAAGAGAGAUUUAUAAAAGCAAAAAUGACUACUCAGUUGGGACCCAACUGACGCUGGCGUGUGAUUUGGGCUAUGCCCUCAGGGGCCAUGACUCGACCGUGUGUCAGGCUGAUAUGAGCUGGGCUCCCCCGUUACCAUUUUGUGAUAAAGCCUGUGACCCCCCUCCGCAAAUCACCAACGGGCAGCACUCUGGCUUGGGACGGAAGCAGUUCCCCUACGGUGCAGAGGUGACGUACAGCUGUCUGGAGGGUCUGUCCCUCAUUGGGGAUGAGUCCAUCUACUGCACCUCCGACGAUGGGGUGAACAUGGCGUGGAGCGGACCUGCCCCGGAGUGCAGGCGUGAGUCGUUUCUCCUGUACGGGAUCAGACUGAAGCCAGGACCUGGGUUCAAUGCUGGAGCUAAGCCCCAGCUCUUGGUUCGGUGCCCCAAGCCCGCAGUCGAGAGGGGAAGGAUGACUCCGCAGAGGUUCACGUUUCCCUACGGAGCGGCCGUGCGGUUCUCCUGUGACGAAGGCUUCGUGCUGCAGGGCGAUGCCGAGAGCCGGUGCCUGGCCGACGGCGCCUGGCACCCUCCCCUGCCCACCUGCCAGCCAGUUCGGUGUCCCCAGCCUUCGCAACAGGAGGACCUAGUGAUUCGCUCUCCUAAAUUGUGGUACGAGGUGAAUGAAACUCUGCUGUUCUACUGCAGACGUGAUGUCUAUCGAUCAAAAAGUCGUGAUACCUGUGAGAAGAUCCUUCGCAACAGGGAAACUUUCCAGUGUGGGGUUCCUCUGACAGAACUGAAAACUCUGCUGGAAGUCCAGAAACUCUGCUUCCCCUUCCCCGGCACGCUGCAGCGGGCUCUCGGCAGGGAGAGGCUCUCGCCUUCCCACGGCGCUGGCCCGGCAGCUCCCUGCACCAUGCGGGUGCUUCUCCGCUGGCUGGGGCAGCUCCUGGCAGUGGUGGUGCUUGUGCUGCAGCCGGCUGGGAGUCUCGGGGUUCAGUGUCCCGUCCCAGAUAUCGCACACGGGCAGCUGAAACCUGCACAGAACUUCACCUCCGGCAGCAUGGCCGUGCUCCAGUGCGACGCUGGCUACGUCCCCGUGGGUGCCACCACCACUGUGCGGUGCCUGGGAAACGGCAGAUGGUAUCCGCGGGUGCUCGCCUGCACCCUAGAGGCGCAGUGUCCCAGCCCAGUUCUCCGCCAUGGGAGAGAGGUCAGCCCCAGGAAAGCUGAAUACACCUUUGGGCACCAGGUGGAAUUUCAGUGUGACCCCGGCUAUGUGCUGAGGGGCAGCCAGAGGAUCCAGUGCUGGUCUGACGGGACGUGGAGACCCCCCGUGCCGUACUGCGACCAGGUUUGCGGUCCCCCUCCAAAAAUCACCAACGGGCAGCACUCUGGCUUGAGAAUGGAGCAGUUCCCCUACGGCUUAGAAGUAAAGUACAGCUGUCUGGAGGGUCUGUCCCUCAUUGGGGACGAGUCCAUCUACUGCACCUCUGAUGACGGGGAGAACCUGACGUGGAGCGGACUUGCCCCGGAGUGCAGGCUGGUUCGGUGCCCCAAGCCCGCAGUCGAGAGGGGAAGGAUGACUCUGCAGAGGUUCACGUUUCCCUACGGAGCGGCCGUGCGGUUCUCCUGUGACGAAGGCUUCGUGCUGCGGGGAGAUGCCGAGAGCCGGUGCCUGGCUGACGGUGCCUGGCACCCUCCCCUGCCCACCUGCCAGCCAGGUGACUGUGGGCCCCCACCUCUCAUGAACUACUCCAGACCAUCCAGCGACGAGCACGCCAGCAGCUUCCCCACUGGAUCCAGGGUGACAUACACAUGCCUCGAAGGCACCAUCAAAAUCCCCGGGAGGUCGGACACGGUGGAAUGCCUGCCCGGCGCACGCUGGUCAAAGCUGCCCGAGCCCUGCGGCCGGAGCUGUGCUGCCCCGACAAGGUUGCGGUUUGCUGCCCUGUCCAAGGCGGACGAGAGGAUUAAUUUUUUUCCUGUUGGGACCAACGUGAGCUACGUCUGCCGCCCCGGCUACGAAAACACCUCGGAAAGUUCCCCCACCAGCACUUGCCUUGAAAACCUGGCGUGGUCGGAAGCCGCUGAGCUGUGCAGGAGGAAAUCCUGUGGCGACCCGGGAGCGCUGCCCGGGGGCAGGAUGGUCGUUCUCACAGAUUUCCAGUUCGGUGCAAGAGUGAACGUGUUCUGCGAAGACGGCAACGGAAAGCACGAUAGUGAAGGUAUAGAAAAAUUUGCUUAUAACUCAACAGUGACUUACAGCUGUGACUCUGGCUUCCAACUAGUUGGAAAUGUGAGCAUCCGUUGUACGAGUAUGGACAAAACAAACGGAGUCUGGAGCGGAGCUGCGCCUGAAUGCACAGGUGCCCGUGGAAAUGCCAUCCAGCCGCCUAAGAAGGCUUCCAGGCAGGAGAUGAAGCUCAACCUUUAUAAAAAGUCACUCCAAAAUACCAUCUCCUUCUCCCAUUCUUCUUCUUUCUCCAGGACACCAGGUGACUGUGGGCCGUUGCCAGAUAUAAGCCACGCGGAGCCCCCAGAGGAUAUUAAACACGAGGAAAGCUUCAAAGUCGGCUUCAAAGUAACGUACAGAUGCCUUACCGGUUAUAUGAAACGCCCCACGCUAUUAGAUACGAUACAGUGCCUCGGAAACUCCCAGUGGUCCAACCUCCCCGAGUUUUGCGGUCGUAGCUGUCCCAGCCCCGUGCGUGUGCAUUUUGCUAAAGUAUCAGAAGAAGAUGAAACGCAGAAUUUUUAUCCUGUUAAUAUCACGGUGAAGUACGUUUGUCGCCCAGGCUAUGAGAACACCACAGACCAGCUCCCCACCAGCACUUGUCUUGACAAUUUGACGUGGUCAGAGGUUCCCAAGCUAUGUCAGACUAUUCCCGAUGGGAAGCACAACAGCAGCAGUACAAAGGAGUUCAUGUACAGCUCGGUUGUGAUGUACACGUGUGACCCUGGGCUCCAGCUCGUGGGAAAUGAAACUCUUCGUUGUACAACGGAGAACAGCAUCGAUGGUGUCUGGAGCGGGUCUCCUCCCGAAUGCAGGGUUCUCCUAGUAGCCCUGGGAAUUCUAGCUGGGAUCAUCACAAGACGGAAAGGCAAGAAAAAGCACCACACGACAAGUUGCCACGUGUGUCCCACCUGCGAAGAGCGGCUGCACGCUGCCCUGGCCCCCUGCGCCGAGCCCGCGUGCCACGGCUGCGCCACCUGCGAGGACUGGCUGCGCGCCCAGCCCGGCACACCGCGCACCUACUCGGUCUCCAGCAUCGGCAGUGGGGAGAGCCGAAGCCCUGCAGGCACGAGCUCUCCUGCCAAAGCUGCAGAUGUGCAGGGUGACGGCACAGCAGAAGCUGUUCUGGAGCAGAGUGAGGCAGAGCCGCCCAUGGACCACGAAAGCAACCAUCACGUCUGUCCCACCUGUGAGAACUGGCUGCGCGCCCACCUUGGCCAGUGCGAAAGCCGUCCUGCGGCGCCUGGGGAGCGGCCGGGGGAGCCCCGCCGGCAGGACAAGGGCCCACAGGGUCCCGUCUGCCCUCCCUGCGCCGACCGGCUGCACCUCUCCCUUGUCCACAGCGACACGGCGGGCUGCCCCGUGUGUCCCCUGGCCGGGGAGGGGACCCUGGCUCACCUCGUCCCCCACCGCAGCCCCGGCUGCCACGUCUGCCCCGUCUGCGCGGCGCCCACCCACGCGCACCUGUGCCAGCGCCGGCACCAGGCACCCGACGCGGACCUCCUGUUCGGGGCGACGAUAAGCUUCAGCUGUGACAUGGGGUACCGAUUAGUUGGGAAGCUGUCUGUACAAUGUAUACUUAGAGGCAAUGAAGUUACUUGGGAUAGCAUUCCACGCUGUGACACAUUCUCGGUGGAGCUGGGAAUGAAAAUGAAAUACCAAGGAGGAUCUGUGGAUGUUGGCAGCAGCUCUGUAGUCAGAUCGUUAUUCACUGUUUACCACCUCCUGAGAUCAUGA